AAUAUUGUGACAAGCACCAAGACGUAAAUUGCCAGAUCUAUGGUGGGAACAAGUUAAUUUCCAAUCUAACAGACCAAGUUAUGUCACAUUGUGUGUUGUGUAAAGGCAGAGUUGAAUGAUACCUAUUGAUCAUUAGUUUUAAGUUAAUGCUAAUACAAUAGGAAGGUACCGUUGUAUUAGCGUUGUGUUAAGUGAUGGACGCGCACAAUUUUACAAGGUUUGUUUAAGAAGCCGCAGGGGAUGAGGCUGUUGUAGCAUGCAGCAUUGUAGUGGCCUCAUUACUACACCGACAGAUAAAUGCCACUUAAAGGGGCCGAGGGACUGAACGCUUUACCGGCUGAAAGCUUCUUUACCUGUCUCACCUGUGCUACCUGUCGUUAGGAUGCUUCAGGUGUAAUGUGAAGUUCAGACAAGAUAGAAGUGUUUGUGAACAUUCCUCGUUUACUGGAUUCGGAUUAUCAGAGAGUUUCUUGUGCAGAGAUUGGCUGUGAUUCGAAGUGGAUAAUUGGUUGUGAAGUCUCGGAUGUUUCUUCUCAGAUUUGGCCAUCAGAGACCUUGAUUGGACUGUGGGGAGGCAGACGACAGUGUUAGCUUGUUACACAGUGCGCCCGUGUCCAUGUAGGCGGGGACACAAUUACUCACUGUCCACACUGACGACAGAAGCUGCAAAAAGUACACGAUCUUGAGACACUUGCUGGUGUUUUUCAACGUUUGAUAUGAUUUAGAGAAGGGGAUUGAAACGAUUUCAAGAUGAAGAAUUUGGUUUUAUUUGUGACUCUUCUCAGUAGCCUGGGAGUGUUCUGUGCUGAUGUAAGUAAAGUGUUCAUGAUUGAUGAAGAACAACCGAGUGGAACCAUUGUUGGUGAUCUCAUGCAAGACACAGAGCUCCAUACUUUGGUUACAACAGAGGAAGCUGCACGACUGAAAUAUGAAAUGUCAAAACAAGGAACAACAGUAGCCAAGUUUAAACUUGACGCCAAUUCAAGUACACUGCGGACUGCUGAGGUUCUUGACAGAGAUACAGAAUGUGCUGGUAAAGAAAGCUGCAAGCUUAGUUUUGAUGUGACUGUGUAUGAGUUGAAAUCCGGAGGAUAUGACCUGCACUCAAUUGUAAGACUCACAGUGAUUCUGCUGGACAUCAAUGACAACCCUCCAGAGUUUCCCCAGGGUUUUGUGUCUUUGUCGUUGCGAGAGAAUAUACAGAUUGGUGAAAUGAUCUUAACCAAUCCUGCGCAUGACCUUGACACUGCUAAUAACUCUGUACAAAGUUACAUCAUGACUCCAGAUGAAGGGGUAUUUGAGCUUAAAGAAGUUACUGAUGGUGGCAACAAGGAUUUAGGGAUUCUGAUUAAAGCCAAUAUCGAUCGUGAAGAACGAGACACUUAUCAGUUUGUCAUUGUGGCCAAAGAUGGUGGUAAUCCUCAGAAGACUGGUUCUAUGACUGUGAAUAUUCAGGUCUUAGAUGAAAACGACAACCGUCCUGUAUUUACCAAUAGCACGUUUGAAGUGACUGUCGCAGAGGAUUUAGCUCUGGAUUCAUCCAUCUUGAAGCUAAGAGCAGAAGAUUCUGAUAUUGGUGUUAAUGGUGCAUUAUCAUUCCACUUCAGUUCAAGGACUAAUGAAAAUAUCAAAAAGUAUUUUUCCAUUGAGGAAAAAUCUGGAGAUGUCAAGGUCAUCAAAAAGCUGGAUUAUGAGGAAGAGAAGCAAUAUCGGUUUGUUGUCAUGGUGAAGGAUAAUGGCACUUCACCGUAUUCUUCACAAGCUGAAGUUAUUGUCAACAUUGGCGAUGUUAAUGACAAUGCACCCUACAUCACAGUGCGAAGUAGCUUCGACGUCUCAGAAGAUGCUGACGUUGACUCCUUUGUUGCAUCAUUCAAAGUCACAGACAGAGAUAGCAACGAAAACCGUGAGGUGAACUGUUCAACAAAUGAUGAGCAUUUCUACAUCAGCAAAUUUAGCUUUGAGUACUACAAGAUUUUCCUAAGUAAGAAGCUGGAUUAUGAAGAAACUAAAAGUUAUUCUGUGAACAUUACGUGUGCUGACAGCGGACAAAUCCCCAAAGUUAACUCUACAACUUUCACAGUGAAUGUCUUAGACUUCAACGAUAAUUCCCCAGUCUUCCCCCGUGAAAAUGUCACAGCCCACAUCACCGAAAAUAACCAUCCUGGGGAAAUCAUCAUGACACUGACAGCAAUUGACAAGGACGGCGAAGGCAAUAAUGAUGUAAGUUAUGCUGUCAUUGAAGAUUCUUUGGAUAUGGCAGAAAUUAACAUCCUCACUGGGGAAAUCCGAGUAAAACGGAGAAUCAACCGCGAACAAAUCAACAAAUUCAGCUUUCGAGUUGAAGCACGUGAUAGCGGUUCACCAGCACAGCGUUCCUUUGCAACAGUUACUGUAAUAGUUGAUGAUGUUAACGAUGAAGCCCCUGAAUUUACAAAGCCUCACUUUGAGUUUGACGUCCCAGAAGGUCGACCGGUCAGUAUGUCUGUUGGGACGCUUAGUGCCACAGAUGCGGAUGCCUUACCAAAGCUCCUAUUUUAUCUGAUUGGUGAUGAAGUAUCAGACGCUUUCAGUGUUAGCACCACAACUGGUGAGAUCAUCACUCGUAAAAAACUUGACCGAUUUGUAAAGAACAAAUAUGACUUUAGCGUGAUGGUUAUGGAUGAAGGAAACAUUUCUUUCAAUGACACUGCAAAUGUAACGGUUUACGUCAUAGAGGACCGAGCAGUGCCUCCUACAAUACUGUAUCCCAUGAAGGGAAAUAACUCUAUCCGGAUUCCUUUUGACAUGGAUAUUGGUCGUGCGAUUCUUGCUGUAAAGACUGAUACAAAAACAAACACAAGACAAGCAAGAUUUCUCAUUGAACAUGGAAACGAAGAAAAUUUCUUCAAACUGGAUGAAAAUUUCGGCAACCUGACCCUGGUCAAGGCAAUGAGACUGAAAGAUGCUGGACUAUACAAGCUGUUGAUAUCAACAUAUUAUGAAAAUAAUCCAGGACAGAAGUCUUUUGUAACAGUGGACAUUAUUGUUACUGGUUCUGAUGUUAAGGAAGAAGACGGCAAUAGCUACAUCGUCAUUGUCAUCAUUAUAGUUUGUGUGACCGUCAUACUUGCCGGGGCCAUACUGCUGGCCAUUUGCAUGAUGAAGCGAGUGGACAGAGAGAGAAAAGAAAGCAAGAAAAGGAAAAAGGAAGAACUGGAAAAGGUGUAUAACGUGGACAGCAUUGAGAAACUGGCUGCAGCUUCCGACGAUAAAGUUCAUGUCAUGGUGAAACAACAACUCAGCUUCAGAGACGAAAAACAUUCACAAAAAAAGCUACAGAAGGAAAUGGUUGACGUAACUUCACAGCCUGUUCAGAAAAAGAUUGUCCAGUUUGCCGACCACCCUGUUACUAAGGUAGAGGAUGACAUCAGCAAUCUGUCGGCGGAGGCUGACAGUGGUCAUGGAGGGAGUGAAGAGGACUUCAAUAGCAACGGGAGAUUUGUAUAUCUACACAAUGAUCCAGAUUCGUCCCAACAGCUUAGUCCCAGUGAAUCCUUUGACUUCCGUCCAGAAACUAGUAUUCUUAGUUCCUCUUCAUUACGAGAAUGGAUGGUUGAAACGCCUCGCAGAGUUAAUCUACCAGUGACCUAUGUCCCUUCAGAGAGGAGUUAUACCCCAGUUAGGGAGCCCCACCCCACAGAGACAGCCCCACCCCAUCAUCCUUCAACGUCACAACGUGUGCCCCCUACUCGGAAAUCAUCAGCUCGCAACAAGUCUGUACGCUUCAGUGUUGAUGAACCUGAUGUUGAUGGCUCCAGCAUUUAAAGGCAACAAUGGAGCCCUUGUAUCAUCAAGAAGGGGAGACAAUUCUGAAGAUUCCAGCAUUACCAAGAGGGGGAGAUAACUCUGAAGAUUACUGUGUUGAUGCUUCGAACUGGCCAGUGUUUCCGCUUUGAAGGGCACGAUCCAACCUCUAUCUCUCUGACAAACUUAUUGUUUGCAAACAGUGUUGUGAACUGACAAUUCAAAGGAGGAAUCUGAUACUGCUGAAACAGACAGCUAACUUGUGCUAUCAGUAUUAUGGUGCAGUGAAUACAAACUGACAUAUUUCAUAUGGUGCUAAUAUUGAAAUAAUUGACAAUUGACUAUAUACCAUGUCUUUCAGUACAUAGUUAUAAAAAUUAUGAUAUGACGGAGACAUGAUGGUUAUAAUCAGCUGAAAGAUGAUUACUAGAGAAUAUACAAGAUAAAUUAUGUCCAGCUAAAAUAUAUAUUGAACAGAUGUGUACAGUUUAUACGUUGUUGUACAUAUUAUUAAAAUUGAUAAUGAAAUGA